AUGGAGUCGGUGAUGAAAUUGCAGCGGGUACAGCUGAAAUGCAAGAACCUUCAUGAAUUCCUGCGGGGCCUCAGCCCUGGCAUCUUAGACCGGCUCUACAACCAUCCUGCCACAUGCCUCGCUGUCUUUCGGUGAGCGAGAACCCCCUUCCCAAAUAUUGGGGUGCUGGCCAGAGUGGGGAGGGUGGAAUAAAAGAAUCAGUUUACUUCCGAACUAGAUUAUUUACAGUUCAAGUUUAACCAUGCUUACUCUGUAGUAAGUCCUGUUUAUAUGUGGCUUACUCCUGGGUAAGUGGAGUUAGGAUUACAGCCUUAGGCUUGACCUUAACUGAAUCACGAAUCGUUGAUUCUCUAAAGUUGCCUGCACUGGGUGAGAAUCCUGCUGUAAACAAGAUGUGCAGAUAUUUUAUUUUAUUGUAUGUGCAUUCUGGUGUCUUGCUUAAAUUGUGCUUUUAGUAUUUAAUUGCAUCCAUUCACAAGAACAGGAAAAGGCGAGUCUUUUUUUUAUCUAACAGGUUGUUGUUUUAAAUGAGCCAGUCAUUCCCGUGAUUAUAUUUUGUAUUGUUUUCUGGUAUUUCAUUUUGCACAUUGCCCUUGUUAGCUUAUGCGAAUACAUAAAUAAAAUAAACAGUAGCAUGUUUCCAAGUUUUUUAAAAAGUAGAUUCUGAAAAUACUUGAUUGGCGUCGCUUGUGAAAGCAGUUUCGCUACACGCUAAACCAUCCACACAUUGAUCUGUGUGUUUUAAGCAAUUUAUUCCAGCUCAGCCUUCCCCAACUUGAUGCCUUCUGUAGGUUUUUGGACCAUGGCAAAUGGUCAAGAGGGAUGGGAAUUGUGGUCCAGCAACAUCUCAAGGGCCAAAGGUUCCCCAUCCCUACAUCCUUCUGAGCAGGAGAUGCUGUGGCUAAUCUCUGACUCUCCAGAUGUUGCUGCCGUUCCCGUCAGUUUUCCAUCAGCAGAGUCAAGGGCAAGGAAAAUGGGAGCUGUUUUUCAGAAAUGUCUGGAGGGCCUCGGAUUAGCCACCCCCUGCAUUAUGGUAUAAAAGUAUUUUAUAAAAGCUCCAUCUUGUACGCAGGCUGAGGCCCUAAGUGCCCGCGGACUGUCUCACAAGAGUAGUGCCUGCUCUGGUUAUCUCUCCCUUGGACUACUGCAAUGUGCUCUAUGUGGGGCUACCUUUGAAGGUGACCCAGAAACUACAACUAAUCCAGAAUGUGGCAGCUAGACUGGUGACUGGGAGUGGCUGCUGAGACCACAUAACACCAGUUCUGAAAGACCUACAUUAGCUCCCAGUACGUUUCCGAGCACAAUUCAAAGUGUUGGUGCUGACCUUUAAAGCCUUCUAGCAGUUCCCUUGCUAUGAGAAGCAAAAUUACAGGGAACCAGGCAGAGGGCCUUCUUGUAGUGGCUCCUGCCCUGUGGAACGCCCUCCCAUCAGUUGUCAAAUAAAUAAAAAACUAUCUGACUUUUAGAAGACAUCUGAAGGCAGCCCUUUUUAGGGAAGCUUUUAAUAUUUGAUGAAUAUUGUAAGAUUUUGCUGGAAGCCUCCCAGAGUGGCUGGGGAAACCCAGCCAGAUGUGCGGGGUAUAAAUUAUUAUUAUUUAUUUUGUGUUCACAGCACUGUCCUUGCAUUCUUACAUUUUCAGAGAGCUGCCAGGGUUGGCCAAGAACUACGUCAUGAGGAUGCUUUUCCUGGAACAGCCCCUCCCUCAGGCCGCUGUGGCCUCAUGGGUCAAGAAGGAAUUCACCAAGUGAGUUGCUGGUUGCGACUGGACAGUGUGGAAGCAAAAACUUGGGUUGUGUAGCAAAGCAUCAGAAAAGCAAGAGAAACCAAGCUGCUGCUCUGUGGGGGCCUAGUGAUUCAUACACACACAUGAGUUUCUGAGUAUCUUCUGGUCCAAUUCAUAUAUUACAUUCUUUGCUUUGACAAGGGAACAACCUGACUGAUCCUUAUCUUCCCCAGAGCCCGGUUUUGCACUCAGCUUAGCUCACAAUUGCUUCUUGCUUUUCAGGGAGCAGGAUGAAAGCUCAGAUGUCUUGUUGGGGCUACGGCUCUGGCACACACAGCUGCUCCCUGGCGGCCUCCAAGGAAUCGUCUUGAACCCCAUCUUUAAGGAGAACUUGCGCAUCGCCUUGCUGGGAGGGUAAGCGAGAGCCAUGGAGAGAAUUACCGUAUUUUUCACUCUAUAAGACGCACUUUUUCCCCUCCAAAAAUGAAGGGGAAAUGUGUGUGCGUCCUAUGGAGCGAAUGCAGGCUUUCGCUGAAGCCUGGAGAGCGAGAGGGGUCGGAGCGCACCGACCCCUCUCGCUCUCCAGGCUUGCGGAUAGCAGCCUGCAGCCCAAAGCCCGGGGAGCGCAGUGCCAACUCCCACUGUGCUCCCCGGGCUUUAGGCAGCUAUCCACAAGCCUUCGGAGCACUUCUUGGCUUCUGCCAAAGCCGUGCGCAGCCUCUCCCGGCUGAAGAGGUUGUGCGUGGCUAAAGAGGAAGCCAAGACAGCCAGCGGGAUGGAUCCCGCUGGCUAUCUUGGCUUUGCCUUGGGCUGGGGAAUAUUCCCUAUUUCCCCACCCCCAAAACUAGGUGCGCGCUAUGGUCCGGUGCGCCCUAUGGAGCGAAAAAUACGGUAGGAACCAAGGCAGAGGCUUGGUGUAUUUAAUGCACUGAAGAUAGUCCUGUAUGUGGCUGUGUUCACACAUAACGCUAAACCAUAGUUUGCUUUAACCUUGAUUUGUUCAACAAGCCACAGAUUGUUUCUCCGCACUCACAUUUGUUUUUAAGCUGCUCUUGCCUUGUAUCUCUGUAGCAUAUGGUGUUCUGGGGUGGGGUGGGUUAACCAAGGUUGUUGGCUGAGGCAUAAUGCCAAACAACAGUUAAAACAAGGCACAGUUUGCAAGCCAGCAACAAGCCAUGGGCUCACCUUGUUUCUAGGAAACAAACUGCGGUUAAUCAGCUGGGCUGGAUUCAAACAUUCAGACCAAUCAGAUAUUUACAAAACAAACCAUGGUUAGGUGUUAAGUGCAAACCAGGCCUCUGGGCGAUGUGCUUUGGUUGCAUUGCAAUUAGCAGUGCUUUCCUUAAUAAAUAGAGCAGUGAAAGAAAGAAAACUUAUUUUCUAACGGCCCCACACAGAUACAGUGGGGCGACUUGCAAACCAUGAGUUUUUCAGACACUUGCCUUCUCCUUGCAUGUGAAUUAUUAUUAUUAUUAUUAACACGUUUGUAUGGUUUGCUUUAGCCAUCGUUUAAUGCUCACACUGGCAUUGGCGCAGACAUGGUUACGUCUAAUCCAGGGUUUCCCAAACUACGGUCUCCAGCUGGUUUUGGAUUACAACUCCCAUCAUCCCUAGCUAGCAAGACCAGUGGUCAAGGAUGAUGGGAACUGUAGUCCAAAAACAGCUGGAGACCCAUGUUUGGGAAACCCUGGUGUAAUCAGUGAUUGGGAACGGCAUGCUGUGUAUUCCUCGUCAAUCUCCCCUCUAAGAAACCAUGAUUCCUAGAAGCAAAACAAACCAAGCAAAUGUGAUUGAUUUGAAGUACUGUACUGGGAUUUGCCCCUGAGAGCUGGAGGAGCUUUUCAUGUCAUGGAUCGCAAUUGACCAUGAUGUGGAGGGCAAGAUGUUUGGGAGCAAAAGAGCACGUAGAUGACAACCAUCUGUUUCUGACUGAGAACCACAUUGUCGCUUUCAUACCUGUGGAAGGCAAUGGCGGCUGGGUUUCAGAAUGCCGGCUCUCGUGUUCUACGGCCAGGGAUCAUGGCUUUGAGAAAGCUCUGUCCCUCCGGUGGCUUUCUGCUGGCUCUAUAACUGUCCAACAGCAUUCCUUGCAUCUCAUCCUGUUUCUGCAGAGGUAAGGCCUGGUCUGAUGACACGGGCCAGCUGGGCCCAGACAAGCACGCCCGGGAUGUCCCGUCUCUUGACAAGUAUGCUGAGGAGAGGUGGGAGGUGAGUGUUUUGCUUGUCCUUGUGCUCUGUUACAGGGCUCCAUUUUUUGUUUUGUUUUUUAAAAUUUAUUUAAUCAUUUUUUCAACAGAAACAACAACCGCAAUAGUCACAUACGACAAAAACCAAAAUAACACUAAUAACACAAUUUGACAAUUCAUAUUUGAAUACUGAUAUACCUAUGACUACACCUUUUUAACAAUAUUUCCCCAUCUCUCCUCCUCCUACUUCCCACCACUGACCGCCUUAUCACUUAAAUAUUCCUUCCAGAUUUCUUCAUAUUUAGCCAUUCUUAAUUUGCGUCGACAUGCAAUUCGUUCGUAUGCAGCUAGUCUGUCCAUAUUAUCAAUCCAUGUGCUCAAUGGAAUCUUUUUCUGGUUCUUCCAAUUCAUCAAAACAAGUUUUUUUGCUUCUAAUAUGGCACGGUACAUCCAUUUUUUUUUGACCCCUUGUAAUCUCCCACAUUUCCGGAAUAUAAUUUAGAAUUAAAUUCAGUUCCCCUAAAUAACAAUUUCUUUUUAUUACUCUUGCUAUAAAUAUCCUCACCUUUGUUUGUCCUUGUGGUGCAAGGACGGGGCUCCAUUGUAAGAGUCUUUUGGAGUCACCACCUCAUCUGGGCUGUGAGAAGAUGGAUUGUUUGCCUGGCCAUUUGCCAUAGCUGUGGUAGAACAGUGUGGAUGCACCAGGGCCUGUUUCCAGUGGCGAACCAGUCUGGACAAACCCUUUGUCUCCCACCCGGUUCCAUUUUUGUGCAUCCUCCUAGGUCAUCCUGCAUUUCAUGGUGGGCUCUCCAAGUGCAGCCGUGAGCCAGGACUUAGCUCAGCUACUCAUUGAAGCCGGACUGAUGAAGAGGUAAGUGGCAAAGAAGAAGGGGGCAGACAAACUGUGGGGUUGAGGGAGUAGGGAUGAAUGGUAAAAGAAGCUAUCUCAGCAUCCCAUGCGCAGUUCUCAGUACUGGUCCUGUCUGAUUAGGAGUCACAAGCCAUGUCACUCUUAAAAGAAUGGCCACUAGUUGGCAGGCCCCACUGACUUGAACACCUUGGGGGCAACAUAACAAACCAUGUGGCAAUGGUGGUGCUGAUCGCUGCAUAGGAACCCGGGUGGCGCUGUGGUCUAAACCACUGAGCCUCUUGGGCUUGCUGAUCAGAAGGUCGUCAGUUUGAAUCCCUGUGACAGGGUGAGCUCCCGUUGCUCUGACCCUGCUCCUGCCAACCUAGCAGUUUGAAAGCAUGCCAGUGUAAGUAGAUAAAUGGGUACCGCUGCGGCGGGAAGGUAAACGGUGUUUCCAUGCACUCUGGCUUCUGUCACAGUGUUUUGUUAUGCCAGAAGCGAUUUAGUCAUGCUGGCCACAUGACCUGGAAAACUGUGAACAAGCGCCCACUCCCUCGGCCUGAAACGAGAUGAACUCUGCAACCCCAUAGUCGUCUUUGACAGGACUUAGCUGUUCAAGGGUCCUUUACCUUACCUUUUAUAGGUAACUGCAUGUUGUUGGGGGGCAUUUAAAAUCCACAGUCACAGUCUACUUGAGAAUAGUUAAUGAAGCAUAUAGCGUGUAACACCGGUCUUGAAAGACCUACAUUGGCUCCCAGUACGUUUCUGAGCACAAUUCAAAGUGUUGGUGCUGACCUUUAAAGCCCUAAACAGCCUCGCCCCUGUAUACCACCCCCAUCGUUCAGCCUGGACACUAAGGUCCAGCGCCGAGGGCCUUCUGGCGGUUCCCUCACUGCAAGAAGUGAGGUUGCAGGGAACCAGGCAGAGGGCCUUUUUGGUAGUGGCACCUGCCCUGUGGAAUGCCCUCCCAUCAGAUGUCAAGGAAAUAAACAACCAUACAACUUUAAGGGGACAUCUGAAGGCAGCCCUGUAUAGGGAACAACAACAACAAGGACUUUAUUUGCGUAGCCAAUAGCAUCAAAGGACAGACACCAACAAAAAUACAUUACAAAUAUAGUUACCGUAUAAUCUUAAGACCUAUUAAAACCCUAGGUAGAAGCUGGAUUAUCAUUCAUCAAUGACCCUCUGCCCCAUGGGCGGCGGCCUUUUCUCUGGUAGAUUGUUCCAGGUCGGUUAAGUAAAUAGACCAGCCAAAUUGAAAGUUUAUAAAUAUAAAUAUAACCUCGGGGGGAUGGUCAGGACAGGGAGAAAGAUAAUAAUAACCAGAUGCAGAUAGGUUAAAAAUCUCAGUACCUAAAACUUAGCAGAGAUAAUAAAAUACUAAUAAUAAAACAUAAGGAUAAUAAUGAUAGGAUCCUAGGCGAGGAAUCCGGGUGACGACACUGAUGUCAUUCAGAUAGCAGCUCUCAGUCUCAUUGCUCUCUCGAAAAAUUUAGCAACCUUCUCUGUUGUCAAGCUGUUCUGGUCGGCUAGGAGUGAGAACAAUUUGGCUUCACAAGAGCGGCCCGGGAUAGCAGAUAGGAGCGGCGUGAUGGUCUCGUCCCUGAGAUCUUUAUAUAGGGAACAAGACAGGAGAAGUUUUUAAUGUUUGAUGUUUCAUUGUGUUUUUAAUAUUGUGUUGGGAGCUGCCCAGAGUGGCUGGGGAAACCCAGCCAGAUGGGCGGGAUAUAAGUAAUAAAUUAUUAUUAUUAUUAUUAUUAUUAUUAUUAUUAUUAUUAGCAGAAAUUGAUAAACUGACUGACUGUAUACAUAGGGGGAAAGGGAGCUUUCAGGAUGUGAGAGUCAAUUAACUAGAAUAUGAAUGGAAAAGAAUUUUCUUUUUGCAGAAAAUGGCUCUCUUUUCACAAUAAAAUUGCAGUGGUACCUCGGGUUACAUACGCUUCAGGUUACAGACUCCUCUAACCCAGAAAUAAUGCUUCAGGUUAAGAACUUUGCUUCAGGAUAGGAACAGAAAUCUUGCUUCGGCGGCGCGGCAGCAGCAGGAGGCCCCAUUAGCUAAAGUGGUGCUUCAGGUUAAGAACAGUUUCAGGUUAAGAAUGGACCUCCGGAAUGAAUUAAGUACUUAACCUGAGGUACCACUGUAAAUAAAUUGGGGAGGAGGAAAAAAUGCAGUACCUAUAUCUUUUUCUCCGCCAAGUAUUACCUCUGGCCCCACCUAAAACUGCCAGGUGGCUCUCAGAAAACUUUCCCCUCUCCUGAUCUAGACCUAAGUACACCACAGAGGAGGACCUCAUUCUGUUUUCCUCCAGCCUCUGUGUGUUUCUUCUUUAGCUCUGAACCAGGGGAGCCCCCCUGCAUCACAUCUUCUGGCUUCCAGUUCCUGUUGCUGGAUACCUCAUCUCAGCUGUGGUAUUUCAUGCUGCAGUAUCUCCAGUCGGCUGAGGUGAGGAAAAGAGGGAGCAACCUCUCUGGCUCUGCCCGCCCCCCCCCCCCCAGCUCUGGCUAUCUCCCUGUUGUGUUUUAACCACCUCUUCUUUCCCCCUACAGACCCGGGGCAUGGAUCUGGUGGAGAUUCUUUCCUUUCUCUUCCAGCUCAGCUUCUCCACUCUUGGCAAGGUGAGCAUCUUCCCCCAUCAGCUCCCAGUUUGGCAAACAGCAAAGUGGCAAAACAAGACAAUUGAAAAUACAAGGAAAAGCACACUCUAGAAUUUCAGGGCUGCCAGGAAGCAUGGUCUUUCAGCCAUCCAGUUCCUCCUGGGUGUUAAUCAUGGGCAAAGGCAGGCACAGCUUACCAAGGGAAGGCAUUUCAGAGAUAGGGAGCCACCACGGAAGAGGCCCUGCAGCUCCAUCCAGGCAGUACCAGUAGUGGCACCACUCCCCGUCGAUCGUAGGGUCUGUGAUGGUUGAUAUUGGAAGGGGGGAGCACUCUUUUAGUGGAGCCUAUAAAGCAGGGAGCAAAAGGAUAGGAGGGGUCAACUCCAUAAUUCUGCAUUGCAAGGAAAACAUUCCCCUUUCCCCCAGAUGCCUUUUAGGAUUGAUUCCUGUUUAUUUUCCCAUUUAUAACUUGACAAAUCUCUAUUGUGUCCCUUCUUUAAAAAUUUACCCUCAUAAGCUACAUUACCUCAAGGGAAUAUGCUUCAGCCUAGACGGUUGCCCAAAAGUGGAAGGCUGAAAAAGAGCCCUUGCCCCCUUUCAGCUCUGUGAUUUUAUAAGACUGGGGGCGGGGAAUGCACGAAUCAUGCUUUUUCCAAAAUCAGAUUGCAUCUCCCUCCUCAUUUCAGAAUACCACAUUCUAAGCUUUAGUCAUUGGGAGGUGAUGUUUAUAUUGGGCUUCAGGAAAACAAAGCAUGGUUAAGUGUGUUAUGUCUGUAGGCUCUUCCACACAUGCAGGUUCUUGAUAUCGGCAGCAUCUGGCGGUGAUGUUGACCUGCAUGUGUGAAUGCGCUAUCAUCACUGCAGCAGAGAGAAAUUUCACAUUGCCUCCUGGUGGUUUUCAGUAGUUUGGCCUGAUUCGGCUGGCAGGCAUGAAUCAUUGAAUGAUCCAAGUGGUCCCCCCCCCCCCGCCGUGUGUGUGUGUGUGUGUGUGUGUGUGAAAAUCAGCCCCCAUUUCCAUCCAUCUGUUCCCAGGACUAUUCCGUGGAAGGGAUGAGCGAGUCUCUGCUGAAUUUCCUCCAACACCUUCGGGAAUUUGGCCUCGUCUUUCAGAGAAAGGUAAGACCCCACGUUGGCUGAGUUAGAUCGUAUGUGGGUUUUUUCCGGGAAAGAACAGGGUGGAAGAAACAGCAGAAAGUUGUGCCCCCUAUUGUAGGCUGGGGAACCGAACGUUUUAAAGGACCUGCUGCGAAGAUGCAGAACUUAAUGAGUUCAAAGUGGAAGUUUGGAGUGGCACUUGUAAGCAGAGUUAGGUAGGUACGAGGGAUUUCAAGCCUGCAGGCGCCUUGCUGCCAUUAUCCAUCCUUCUCCCCUUCCAGAGGAAAUCUCGCCGUUACUACCCAACACGGCUGGCCAUCAACCUUUCCUCUGGCAUCUCGGGCACCGCAGUGGACACCCAUUACCAGGGCUUCAUAAUUGUGGAGACCAACUACAGGAUCUAUGCCUACACAGGUCAGAGGCUGACUCCCAGGGUGGAUUUUAGCUUCUGCAUGCGUCCCAGGUGCAAUUCCGGGUAUCUCCAAGUAGGGCUGUGAAUGUCCCCUGCCUGAAACCUUGGAGAGCCCCAGCUAAUCUGUGUUUUCCAUAUUAUUAAUUAUUGGUUGGUUGGUUGGUUGGUUGGUUGAUUGAAUUGAUAUACGGCCCUACACCUGGGGGUCUCAGGGCAGUUCACAGAAUAAAAUCAAGAUAUAAAACCACAAAAUACCUAAUAAAAACAGCAACCCAAUAGCCCCCCCCCAAAAAACCCAGAUCAACCAAAUGCCCAGUUAAAAAGGAAUGUUUGUGACUGGCACCUGAAGGUGUAUAAUGAAGGCACCAGGCGAACUUCCCUGGGGAGAGCAUUCCACAGACGGGGAGCCACUGCAGAGAAGGCCCUGUUCUCGUGCUGCCACCCUCCGGACCUCUCAAGGAGGAGGCACACAAAGGAGGGACUCAGAAGAUGAUCUCAGGGUCUGGGAAGGUUCAUAUGGAAAGAGGUGGUCCUUGAGGUAUUGUGGUCCUGAGCCGUUUAAAGCUUUAUAGGUCAAAACCAGCACUUUGAUCCCGGAAACUAAUUGGUAGCCAGUGCAGUCAGACCAGGAUCUGUGUAAUAUGCUCAAACCGUCUUGCUCCGGUGAGCAACCUGGCCGCUGAAUUCUGCACUUGGGUCUCUGGCGGCUUUUGGACUACAGUUCCCCAUCAUCCCUGGCCACCGGUCCUGCUAUAGCUAGGGAUGUAGUCCAGAAGAAGACCCAAGUUUGGGAAACCCCAGUAGACAAUACUGAACUCAAUGGCUCGGUGGAGCAACUCAGUGUAAGACAGCUUUCUAUGGUCCUCUUGUUUGUGGUUUUGUGGGCCUCCCGCCACAACCUCUGCAGAUCCUAAAUGAUAACGCUGGUUUUGUAACCCAAUGGCACUUAAACAAGAGAGGAGACCAAGGUAGGUAGCCUCUAAUUAUUCAGGACCGUCAUCCUCCCUCUUGGAGGGCUUUUGUGAGUGCCGGGUUCACCGGGGUCUAGUUCAGGACUAGGAAGCUCCUAGGUCAGACUAAACUCAAUGUUGGCUAAUCAGACUGGCAGCAGCUUUCCGGGAAACAGAGGCUGUUUUAAUUGGAAAUGCCUGAGGUUGAAUCUGAGGCCUUCUGCAGGCAAGGUAGGUUCUCACAGGGAACCAGACAAAAGGGCCUUCUUGGUAGUGGCACCCGCCCUGUGGAACGCCCUCCCAUCAGAUGUCAAGGAAAUAAACAACUAUUCGACUUUUAGAAGACAUCUGAAGGCAGCCCUGUUUAGGGGAGCUUUUAAUAUUUGAUGAAUUAUUGUAUUUUAAUAUUUUGCUGGAAGCCGCCCAGAGUGGCUGGGGAAACCCAGCCAGAUGGGGGGUAUAAAUAAAUUAUUAUUAUUAUUAUUAUUAUUAUUAUUAUUAUUAUUAUUAUAUUAACCACCCAUUCUUGGGUUCAGCUGUGAAAUAAUACUAAAAGAGAGUACAUGUUAGCAUGUGCAGAGUAACUUUUUGUCCAUCUCACACGUACCAAAAAAAUCUGAGCUUGGUAGACAUUUUUCUGGGCAGAAGGGGUGUACUUACUUUCAAAAGUUAAGCUCUGGACUUCUCUCUCUCUGCCCUGGUUUCCAGAUUCCGAACUACAGAUUGCGCUCAUCGCCCUCUUUUCCGAGAUGCUCUACCGCUUCCCCAACUUGGUGGUGGCUCAGGUCACCCGGGAGAGCGUGCAGCAAGCCAUCGCCAAUGGCAUCACGGCAGACCAGGUGGGGAACCAGGGAGAGGCUGUUGGGUUAACCAGUUUAAAGGGAACCUAGCAGAGUGUGGUUCGCUUCUGUCUACUGGUUAGCCUCCCCCUUCCUUUGGAUGUUUCCCAGCACAGGCGAAGCCAGCACUGGGAAUAGUAGAAGUGGUCAAGUGAUGGUGUCAGUCAAAUAGUACUAAGGCCAGCUCUGUUUCGUUCCCUUUUUCUUUUCUCUGUCCCACAGAUCAUUCAUUUCCUACGUACCAGAGCUCACUCUGUGAUGCUGAAACAGGUGAGGAUUACGGCACAGGGUGUGGUCACUCAGUGGAUCGCUGCAUAAAAGAAUCACGCCUCCCUUUCCAAAGUUUUUAUGACUUUGUGGGAUAAGUCUAUGUUCCAGCUCAGCUGUUUGGAGGCAGGAUACCAGUUGCCAGGAAUCGCAAGUCGGGAGAGGGAUAUUAUUAUUUUUUAAAUAUAUUUUUAUUGAACAACUUUAACAAACAAAUUAUCAGUCAGCAUAACCAUUUACUUUCCCCCCCUUUCCCCCCCCUCCCCAAGGACUUCCCUCAGCUCUUCUCUCUGGUUUCUUUGCACAUAUUAUCCUCUGCAUAUUAUAAGGGAGAGGGAUAUUUUUAUGCUGUGAACCGCCCUGAGGUCUAUGGACAAAGGGCAGUACAGUGGUACCUCGGGUUACAGACCCUUCAGGUUACAGACUCCGCUAACCCAGAAAUAUUACCUCGGGUUAAGAACUUUACCUCAGGAUGAGAACAGAAAUCGUGCGACGGCAGCGGGAGGCCCCAUUAGCUAAAGUGGUACCUCAGGUUAAGAACGGUUUCAGGUUAAGAACGGACCUCCGGAAUGAAUUAAGUUCGUAACCAGAGGUACCACUGUAUAUAAUUUUAUUAUUGCUAAUAAUGUUGCACUUAGGCUACACUUUUGGGCUUCCCAUGAGCAUCUGGGUGGCCACUGUCAAAACAUUAUGCUGGACUAGAUGGGUCAUUGGGUCUGAUCCUGCAUGGCGCUUCUUAUGAAAAGAUGGGCGUCACAUGUUGGCAAGACAAAUUGGAAUGUGGCCUCGAGGAUUCUGGGUAACCUCUGCUAGGGAGAUUCCAAUGGAAGCCUUGGCUGCUGCAGCAAUAGGAAUACCGUAUUGGCCCAAAUAUAAGCCGCACCUUUAAAAUUGGAGGGGGGGGAGAAAAAAUAUAUAUAAUACCCAAAUAUAAGCCGCUCCAUUCCUCGCUGUUCCUGGCGCUGUUUUCCUCGAGCUCCUGGCUGCAUACCGUAAGGUUGUGAAUAUAAGCCGCACUUUAACUUUUCAUGGUUGGAAUUUGGGGGGAAAGUGAGGCUUUUAUUUCAGGCCAACACAGUAGAUCAUUUUUUGUUUUCCGCGUUGUCCUUUCCAUAUGCGUCCCUGACUCUGAUGUCUUGCCCCAUAGACCCCGGUGCUGCCUCCCACUAUCACAGAUCAGAUCCGGCUGUGGGAGCUGGAACGAGACAGACUCCGCUUCUCUGAGGGUGAGUGUCUGUGGGUGAGGAACUCCGGUGGGAUGGAAAGAGAGAAGAACAUGGGAAAGAGAAGGGGUGUAUCUCUAGUGGAAAUAUCUCUGCGUUCUGGCAGAUUAUCUUCCCAUCUUCCAUCCCACCCAACUUCCUUCUUGCUUCAGAUCCACCUUUCUGGGCUCCCCCAUGGUGUGUUUUUUCUUCCUCCUUUCACAUCAAGUGAUCUUUUGCCUCCACGGUCAGACGCAGCAAUGCUUCUGAACACCAGAUUCUGGAAACCACAGAAGAGCAGCACACCAGUUGUGUUCUCAUCAGGGUGGAUAAAAAUCAAUUAUUUUUUUAAAAAAAUAUCAGGUUUUUUAAAUUUAAAUUGGAUUUUUAAAAUAACAUGCUUUUGGAGGAAAAAAUCUUUCUAAAGAUAGUUUUCUAUUUAAGUUACGUUAUAGUUCAAAGGCUAUUCAUCAGGAAAUAAGGAUUUGUUUUAAGUUUUUCAUGUGUGCUAAAACUCAUUAAAGGGGAAAAAAUUGUUUAACCACAUCAGUUUAUAAUCAUUGAUACAUAUGCUAUAAUGUUAUUGUUUUAGUUAAAUAAAAAUUUUUAAUUGUUAUUAAGGAAAUGAUUGUUUUCCUCUUUCCAAUAAAGUACAGCAGAAAAGUUGUCCCAAUAUAGAUAGUUAACUUAUUAAACCUCACAAUCAUUUCGUAAUUAUUUGUCUAUGUAUUUCUAAUAGUAUAACCAAAUCAGUAAUUUUUUAUAUAACUGUAAAAAGUACUCUGUAAAUUUAUUAUUCCAAAAAUGGAACCUUCCUCUGGUUGUAAAUAUUAAGAUUCUGCCAGCAAGAAUGAGUCUUUCUGAAAAAAAAGAGAGAUUUAAAUCAAGUCUUACUGACUAGUGAUUUAAAUCGAUUUGAUUUAAAUCAAAUCCACCAUGGUUCUCAUCCCCCCUUCUUUGCAUCCACCAUCUUCCCCCUCAAUCCUCUCCCUGCCACCUUGUUCCUUUCCCUGACCCUUCUCUGCCUGCCUCCCCAUCUACUCCUCGCAUCUCAAACUCUUGAGCUCUCCUCUGUGCUUUUUCACCAUGUCUUCCUGCUUUCUCUCUCGCCCUCCAGGUGUCCUCUACAACCAGUUCCUGUCCCAGGUCGACUUUGAGCUGCUGCGCAACCACGCAAAGGAGCUGGGGGUCCUGGUCUUCGAGAACCCGGCCAAACGUCUCAUGGUGGUGACGCCCGCCGGCCACUCGGACGUCAAGCGCUUCUGGAAGCGGCAGAAACACAGUUCCUGA